CGUACCUGAAAGUUUGCAACUUCCUUGAGUUUGUUUUAUCGUACUUGGUCUUACUGGUGUAAAUAUUUAGUGAAAAGACUUGUUGAAAAAAAGUUAUUUAAGCAGUGCACACUGCUUCAACUGUUAAUUGUUAAAAGCAGAAAUACUAAAUCAGCUUCAUCAUGGAUUACAAAAUGGAAAAGUUCAACGAUUUCUACUAUAUGCCGGCCACGUUCGACAUUACGAGCACUGCCGGGGCUGUGCCUGUCAAAAACGAAAAGGGCGAACUUUCCAUGCAGAAAGUUAAAGUGCAUCGUUACGUCUCUGGAAAACGUCCCGAAUAUGCACAAAGAUCGAGCAGCGAAGACGAGUCUGAGGAUGAAGAUUUCAUAACGUCGCGGAAACACAAGAGGGCCCAUACGCCGGAAGAGAAAGCGCAAGAGAGCGAUGACUCGAUUCCCGACGAUCCGCGUCUGAGACGUCUUAAAUCGCGCCAUGUUGAAGAGGUCCACCAUAAGACAAGUGACGAUGAAAUUGAAAGAAGGCGUCCAAGGAGAAUUCAAGAACCCGAAGUCCUUGAAGAUGAAGAAGAAGUCGAAAGCGAAAUUGAAGUUAAGCGUGUACGUGGGGUUGAAAGUAGCGAAGAAGAAGAGGAGGAAGAUCUGAGUGACACUGAAAUCGAAAGGAGAAGAUUACUCCUUAAACAACGAGUUCUCAGUACCAAAGAGCAAAUGGAAGUGGAGCUACUUGAUAAAGAAGAAGAAGGGCAGAGUGAACAAGAAAGUGAAGAAGAGUCGUCAGAAUAUGAAGAAUAUUCGGAUUCAGAAGAAGAAACUGGUGUAAGGUUAAAACCUGUAUUUGUCAGGAAGAAAGAAAGAGUGACAAUUUUGGAAAAAGAAAGGGAGGCGCUGAAGAAAAAAGAAUUUGAAAUGGAAACGAAAAAGAUGGCUGAAGAAAGAAGAAAGCAGACUCUAAAGAUGGUCGAAGAAGAGAUAAGAAAAGAGACAAACAAGACAAGAAUCGGUGGUGAAGAAGUGAGUCUCGGCGAUGUCAACACUGAUGAUGAAAAUGAUGAGGUAGAAUACGAGGCCUGGAAACAAAGGGAAUUGAAGAGGAUAAAGCGUGACAGAGAUUUACGUGAACAAUUGGAAAGGGAGAAGAUGGAAAUAGAAAGGAUAAGAAAUUUGACGGAAGAAGAGAGGAGGAACGAGUUCAGAAACAACCCGAAACAUAUCACCAACAAAGGUGUCAAAGGGAAAUACAAAUUUAUGCAAAAAUAUUAUCACCGUGGUGCAUUUUUCAUGGAUAAAGAUGAAGAAAUUUUCACAAGAGACUUUUCAGAAGCUACUCUUGAGGACCACUUUGACAAAACAAUACUUCCAAGAGUUAUGCAGGUUAAAAAUUUCGGCCGUAGUGGUAGAACGAAAUACACACAUCUUGUGGAUCAGGAUACGACUCAGUUCGACUCGCCUUGGAUAUCAGAGACUGCACACAAUCUUAAAUUCCAUAACAACCAAGCUGCAGGCUGUAAACAGGUUUUUGAUCGACCGUCCAACAAAAGGAAAUAAAUAGUUUUUAUUUA